AUUUGUGAUGGACCAAGUCUUUGUUCACAACUAUUAUUGCUUUUAUGAAGUCAACUCCCUUGAUUUGUGAUUUGGGUUCUCAUACUUGUUUCUAUGAAUGUUUGUUUACUUUUGUAUGUAACCAAAGAUUUAGGAAAGAAGAAUUAGUUUGUGUUGUUAUCUGAAUGUAAAAACAAGACUCGGAUUGUUUUUCAUUUGGGAAACUAUGGGUUCCAGUCAUGGAAAGUCUUCAACUAUCAGGGAUCAAUCAGUUGAAGGCACGGUAUCUUCAGAGAAGGAAGAAAUCCUUCACACCAGGAGACGAAAACCGAAUCCAAGACUCAGCAGAGGAGUACCAGAAGGCAUAGAAGGUGAACUAAUUGCUGCUGGAUGGCCUAAUUGGCUUGUUGCAGUUGCAGGUGAUGCUUUAAAUGGAUGGCUUCCAAGAAGAGCUGAUACUUUUGAGAAAAUAGAUAGAAUUGGUCAGGGUACUUACAGUAAUGUCUACAAGGCUCGCGAUUGUUUGCUCAAUAAAGUUGUUGCUCUAAAGAAGGUACGUUUUGACAAUCUUGAACCCGAGAGUGUCAAGUUUAUGGCAAGAGAGAUCAUUAUAUUGAGAAGGCUUGGUGAUCACCCGAACAUUAUCAAAUUGGAAGGUUUAAUCACCUCAAGAAUGUCCGGUAGUUUGUACCUUGUUUUUGAUUGCAUGGAAUAUGAUCUUAAGGGAAUUCAAGAUCAAAAAGGUGUCAAGUUUUCUGAACCUGAAAUCAAAUGUUACAUGAACCAGCUGCUUAAAGGGCUUGAUCACUGCCAUAGCCGUGGUAUCUUGCAUCGAGAUGUAACAACUUCUAACCUGUUAGUUAACAAAGAAGGUAUCCUGAAAAUUGCAGAUUUUGGGCUGUCAACAUUUUUUGAUCCAGAACAAAGCAUCCCCUUAACUAGCAAAAUUGUGACUCUCUGGUAUCGGCCACCAGAACUUUUGCUUGGAUCAAAUUGUUAUGGAGUUGGAGUUGAUUUAUGGGGUGUUGGUUGUGUACUUGGUGAACUAUUUACUGGAAAGCCUAUUAUGCCUGGUAAAACUGAAGUUGAACAAUUGCAUAAAAUCUUCAAGCUGUGUGGUUCUCCAUCUGAUGAUUUUUGGCUACAAUCUAAAUUGCCUAAUGCAAAGAUAUUUAAGCCAAGAGAGCCUUAUAGACGGAUUCUUCACACGACCUUUUAUGAUCUUCCUGCAGCUGCUGUAGGACUAAUGGACACUUUACUUUCCAUAAAAGCUGAAUACCGAGGGACUGCAGCUCUUGCUCUUCAGAAUGAGUUUUUCACAACAAAACCAUUUGCUUGUGAUCCCUCAAGUUUGCCACAGUGUCCCCCUAGCAAAGAGAUCGAUGCAAAGAAGACAGACAUCAGGAGGAGUAGGAACCAGAAGUAUGCACGCGAUAGAAGUGUAAGGGCAAUUCCACCACCUGAAGCUAAUGCAGAAUUAAAGAGUAACAUAGACAGAAGACGACUCCUUAUGCAUUCAAAAGCCCGGGAUAGGGUUGAAAAAAUAAACGAAUGUGUCUCAGGAGGUGUUCUAAAUGAAGGAACAAACUCCUCUGAAUGUUUUCAGGUGUCCAGCAGAAAAGAGGGCUCAGAGAAUUAUACUCAGAUUUUUGCUACUCCUAAUCAAAGGAAUAAUCAGAGAGCGAUAAGGAAAGAACCAAUUCAUGAUGACCAUGAUAUCAAGGGAAAGAAGAAGUGGUCAGGUCCAUUACCUGCUGCAUCAGAUAAAAUGCAGGAUUUACUCAGAGAGCAUGACACCAUGAUCCUCAAAACUGUUACACAUGCGAGGCUUGAGAAGGGAUCAACAGCUAAUUGGAAUGACCAUGACUCUAAGGGAAAGAAGAACCAUUCUGUAUGUCCAUCAACAUCGACCAGCCAUGAGGCUACUGGAAACGAUCAAAUUUCUACUCCUUUACCUGCUAAUUCGACUAAUAUGCAGGGCUUACUAGAAAAGCACAAGACACAGAUCCUAAAUGAUGCUCAAUGGGUGAUAUCUGACAAGGAAAAAAUGGCAGAAGGAGAAGGCAAUAACACCAAGCCAGAGAAGAACCAACUUGAACAAUUGUCUCCCCCUGCAGAAUCAGAUGGCCUAGACUUCGUGGAAGACAAUCAAUAUUUCGAUCCACUUCCAUCUAUAUCAAAACCAAUCGAUGUGGAUAGAAUACUUAGAGAGCAUGACCGACAGAUCCAAGAAUCUGUUGAACGUGCCAAGCAACAGAAAAAACUAGCUAAAGCUCAGUAUUGGUAUGAAAACCAAUAUUAGCUGCUUGGAUAUUCAACUCAUUAUAAAGGUUGUCAAUCAGUAACAUGUCACCUUUUGUGCCUCAGAUUGUAUCUAGAUGAAAUGAUACGGGAACAAUGAAGCAAAUGUGUGAGUGUAUUUUUACUGGUAUAGGAAUAAUAAACCUUUAUCCCAAUGUCAAGAUUAUCUUCUUUAGGUUUUUUACUUUGAAGUAGAUGUAUCACAAGAAAUACUAAUCUUAAGCUAACUGGCCUUGUUUUAGUGUUAGGUAUUGUCCCUCACAUGGACAAUCUUUCUCCCUCAUUGGAAUAUUAGUAGUGUCGUCCACCAUAGUUACAUGUUUGUUGCACAUGUACUAUGGUAAAGAGAGACAAAUGUGGGAC